UUUUACCUUUGAAGACAAUGUUAGGACCAAGAUAUGAUGAACAGGUUGCUGAAGAAAAUCGUUUUCACCCGAGUAUGUUAUCCAACUACUUAAAGAGUCUGAAGGUUAAAAUGGGUUUACUGGUAGACUUGACCAACACCACUAGAUUCUAUGACAGGAAUGAUAUAGAGAAAGAGGGGAUUAAAUAUAUAAAGCUCCAGUGUAAAGGGCAUGGUGAGUGCCCUACACCUGAGAAUACAGAAACAUUUAUCCGUGUAUGUGAACACUUCAGUGAUAAGAACCCCUCAGAGCUUAUAGGUGUCCAUUGCACACAUGGUUUCAAUAGAACUGGAUUUCUGAUCUGUGCCUUUUUGGUCGAGAAAUUGGACUGGAGUAUUGAGGCUGCUGUGGCUACUUUUGCUCAGGCUAGACCACCAGGUAUUUAUAAAGGUGACUAUCUGAAGGAAUUAUUUCGUCGUUACGGAGAUGAAGAUGAUGCACCGUCACCACCUGAGCUACCAGAAUGGUGCUUUGAUGAUGAUGAAGAGGAGGAUGAUGAUAAUGGUAAAACAGGAGGCCAAGAAUCAGAACCUGGAUCAUCAAGCUCUUCCUUUGGCAAGAGAAGAAAAGAACGCCUAAAACUGGGUGCAAUUUUCUUGGAAGGAAUAACAGUUAAAUGUGUGACCCAGGUGACAACACAACCAAAGUUAGGAGGAAUACAGCAAAAAUGUCAGCAGUUCUGUGGAUGGGAAGGGUCUGGAUUCCCUGGAGCACAGCCUGUUUCUAUGGACAAGCAAAAUAUUAAAUUUUUGGAGCAGAAGCCAUACAAAGUUAGCUGGAAAGCAGACGGCACUCGGUACAUGAUGCUGAUUGAUGGCAAGAAUGAAGUUUAUAUGAUUGAUAGAGAUAAUUCAGUUUUUCAUGUAUCUAAUCUGGAAUUUCCUUUUCGUAAAGAUCUUCGCACACAUCUAACAAACACUCUUCUGGAUGGGGAAAUGAUCAUCGACAAGGUUAAUGGACAAGUUGUCCCUCGAUACUUGAUAUAUGAUAUUAUUAAGUUUAAUGGACAGCCUGUUGGAGACUGUGAUUUUAAUGUUCGACUUGCAUGUAUAGAGAAAGAGAUUAUAUAUCCACGACAUGAAAAGAUGAAAAAUGGUCUUAUCGACAAAACACAGGAACCAUUCAGUGUUCGAAACAAACCGUUUUUCGAUAUCUACACUUCAAGAAAGCUCCUGGAAGGAAGCUUUGCCAGAGAAGUUAGCCAUGAAGUGGAUGGACUGAUAUUUCAGCCUACAGGAAAAUACAAGCCUGGUCGAUGUGAUGAUAUUUUGAAAUGGAAGCCACCCAGCCUGAACUCUGUUGAUUUUCGUCUAAAGAUAACAAGAAUUGGUGGAGAGGGGCUACUCACCCAGAAUGUUGGUCUUCUUUAUGUUGGAAACUUUGACAGACCUUUUGCACAAAUUAAGGUGACAAAAGAACUGAAACAGUACGACAAUAAAAUCAUAGAGUGCAAGUUUGAGAACAACAGCUGGGUCUUCAUGAGACAGAGAAUAGACAAAAGCUUUCCAAAUGCCUACAGCACUGCCAUGGCUGUAUGCAACAGCAUCCAGAAUCCAGUCACGAAGGAGAUGCUGUUUGAGUUCAUUGACAGAUGUACAGCAGCUUCUCAAGGACAGACGCGGAAACACCACCUCGAUCCUGACACUGAACUCAUGCCGCCUCCACCGCCCAAAAGGCCCCGUACCAUAACAUAAGGCCUUGGUCUCAGCGGAUAGCGUGUUUACAGUUCUGCAGAAAGUGAAACGCAAGUGUAAAGGCUGGAAAAAAAGAAAUCUGAAUUGCUGUAAAUACUUGGGAGUGGUUUUUUGAGUUUGUUUGGGGUUUGUGGGUUUUUUUUCAAAUUCCACGUACAAAUGGACAUUGUUUUGUAACUGAUAAA